AUGAACUCCCCUGCUGUAGCAUCUCCAACCUGGAAGAAGGACCACUUGUGGCAGAUCCUGUUGGAGCUGGACUUCGAGCCUGACAAGGCCAAGGCCAAAGCGGGGAAGCUCAUUAUGCACACGAAGCUGGGCGCGAACAUGUUUGACAAACCUAACAGUGAUGCCUUUCACAUAGUUGCCUACAUUUUGUUUACUGCUCUGAAUCCAUCCCAUGCCAAAGAAGUCUUCAGAUUUUGUUGGCCUCCAAUAGACCAAAAAGCUGAUGUUGAAUUUCAGAAACAGUGCUGUGAGUGGUUGAAAAAAAUUUCUGAUGAAUGUGGUAGCAGCUUUCCUCAAGUCAUUGGUUCAUUGUUUCUUUUUCCUGGUGGCCCUAAGUUUGUUUGUCUCAUGUACUGUUUUGCAAGAUUUGUUGCAGCACAAUAUAUUAAAACCAACUCUGAAAGUUCUAAUAAUAAGUACUUCAUAGAGACAUUUAAUAAAAAGUCUCAAGUGCCCUAUAAGUCCUUUACAAGAUGUUACAUAGGACGAACCAGGUUUUUACAAAUUUUACAAAAAGAAGAUUCUCUGAUUCGACAAUACCAGGAAAAUUCUCAAGCAUUAAUUAAAAAAAUAAGAGAUUUGAAUUCAUAACAUACUGAAAAAUUGCAAAAAUUACACAAAAAGAACCAGAAUGAAGACCCAAGAGAUAUAUUAGAAAAAGUUCAAAAGGUUCGAUUGAUGUGGGAUUCUCUGAUGGAAACUUUUACAUUUUUGGAAAAAGAAAGAGAAGUUGUUAAUUCGGUUAUUACAGGUCAUGUUGAUCAGUAUACUUUGGAUGGAGCUGGUGGUGCUAUUAAGAUUCCAAGGCUCUUGCUGGAUAGAAUUGAAAAACAAAUGUGCUAUUUAUUUAUAGGAAACCUUUAUGAAGAUGGAAAAUUGAAUCUUUUAACUGUUAUUCAAUUACUAAAUGAAGCCCUGAAGAUUUUAAAAAAUGAAUGUAGUCAUACUGACCAAACAGGAUUGACAGCAGACCUUACUUAUGUUGAGAGAGAGGCCAGAGUUCAGAAAAUCACUUUAUCACAUGUGAAGCAGUUGAGUCUAAUUAAAGAUGAGACUCCAGCCCUGGAUCUUUUACCCAAAAUGUCUCCUCUUUCAUUUGAUCCUGCUUCAGAAGAAGUUUAGGAAAAUAGUGUCUUCUAUCGAUAUCCCAUAUCACUUCCAGAUGCAUCUAACAAGCAUACCCAAGAAGAUUUCCAUGGGAUGGAUGAUAAUGCAAUAAGAACUGAGGAUGAUAGUGCAAUAAGAACUACAGAUGAACUAGACAGAGAUGUAGAAUUAGGGACCUUAAUCAACCAUUUAUUUUCUAAUCCAUUUUUGACAAGGAAGUAGUUUCUAAGAACUCCAGAAAAUUUGACUCCUGAAAUUAGAAACUCACAAAGAGAAGUUUUUCAAGAUGAAGUUGAUCCAGAUAUAGAGGUGGCUCAAACAGAUGCUGUAUUAAAUGAUCAAACAUGUUUAAACAUGAACAGUUUUCUCUUGGGGAAAAGAUCUCCAAAAUUUGGGCCUCAAGAGAAUAUAGGAACUAGUCACCUUGACCCACUAACAAGCAAAGGCGCAGAAAUUUUAACCAAAGGAAUCCAGGAUCAGAACUCAGAAUGCUCAGCUUUACAAGAAGAUCUUGAAGAAAGUGACUAUACAGGAUCAAUUUUAUCUGCUGCAGAAAAUAAGAUGGAUGGAGUUAAUGGCAAAGAAGAGCAUGUUAAAAAAUUGAACUUCUCAUUUGCAUCUUGUAAAGAACAGUCUUGGGUGUUGAAUUCUAUGAUCCCGAAUGAAAUUAGUUCUAAUAGUAAUAAGGCUGCCCAUUUUAAUAUAUUACAUGAAACCGCUCCAGAAGUAGCUGACAAUUUGACUCUUAAUAGCUCCUUUAGCACAGAAUCCAUUGAUGAAGCAGGGCAGUAUAGUUCAGUGGCUAAUGAUGUCUUAAUGGAAGAGACAGAGAGAAAAAUAUCAAAUAUUGAAGAAAGAACUUUGGAUUUUGAGGCUAUCCGCAAAUUGGGCUAUGCUUCAAAUAAUGUGGAAACAGAUGACAUAGUUAAUUUUCUCGGAGAUUUUCCUGCUCUAUGCACAGAAAACACAAGACCACCUCUACGAAUGUCCCUUGGUGAAAGAAAAUCUCUUUCACCACUUAUUAAGUUUUCUCCAGAAGAAUGAAGACUAAGGCCCACAAAGCCAAACAGUAUUGGAGAAUUUUUACCUUAUUUAAAGGAAGAAGACAACUUGGAUUAAAGUCUGAAGAAGAUGGAGCAGUUGCACAAUUAA